GUUCUUUACUAUCGACGCGCGUUCACGUGUGCCGGAUGCUCGUUCGCGCGUCGCCCGUCAAACUAUCAUUGUCGCUUGUGUGAAGAAUUUGAGGAGAAGUUUGUUGUUGUAACAUCGUCUUAAACACGAAUAUAUCGCACUGACAAGUCAAAGAUGUGGAAGUCUGUCGUGGGCCACAAUGUGAGCAUGAAGGUGGCUGCAGAGGGGGAUGACUGGGAGACGGACCCUGACUUUGAGAACGACGUAUCGGAGCAGGAGCAGCGCUGGGGAGCCAAAACCAUCGAGGGCUCGGGACGUAAAGAACACAUCAGUGUUGCAGAGCUCAGAAGUAAGGUAGCUGUGGAGCAUGAGCAAGUGAAGCAGAAGGAGCACAUUCCCAAAGCGUCCUAUGGAUACGGAGGGAAGUUCGGAGUGGAGAAGGAUCGAAUGGACAAGGGGGCUGUGGGUCACGACUACGUGUCGCAGGUCGAGCAGCACUCUUCCCAGAAAGAUGCGGCACAAGGGUUCGGCGGGAAAUUUGGCAUCCAGAAAGACCGUGUUGAUAAGUCUGCCAUGGGCUUUGAAUACAAAGGGGAAGUGCAGCAGCAUACAUCUCAGAAAGAUUACUCAAAGGGAUUUGGGGGAAAGUACGGCGUGGAGAAGGAAAAAGUCGAUAAGGCCGCUUUGGGUUACGACUACAAAGGCGAGACAGAGAAGCACCAGUCGCAGAAAGACUAUGCAAAGGGAUUUGGAGGAAAGUACGGGGUGGAGAGGGAGAAAGUGGACAAAGCUGCUUUAGGUUACGACUAUAAAGGAGAAACUGAGAAGCAUCAGUCACAGAAAGAUUAUUCAAAGGGAUUUGGAGGGAAGUUCGGCAUUGAGAAGGAGAAAGUGGAUAAAGCAGCGUUGGGCUAUGAUUAUAAGCCUGAGACAGAAAAACAUCAGUCACAAAAAGAUUAUUCAGCAGGUUUCGGUGGUCGCUACGGAGUACAGGCAGAUCGCAUGGAUAAGAGUGCAACCGGCUUCUCAGAUAUGGACUCCCCUACCUCUGCUUAUGAAAAGACACAACCAGUGGAGGCCUCAAGUGCAGGUGCGGGAAAACUCAAGGCGCGUUUCGAGAGCAUGGCCAAGUCUUCAGACGAAGAGAACAAGAAGAAAGUAGAAGAAGAGAGAGCAAGGAGACAGGCCAGAGAGAAGAGGGAGCGAGAGGAGGCCAAACGCAGACAGCAGGAGCAGAGCAGCAGAGAGGAGGAAGUUUCAGCUCCACCACCUGUUCCAGAUGAGGCUCCAGUGUACGACGUGCCACCACCAGAAGAGCACCACCACAUGCCAGAAAUACAAGAAACACCUGAACCAGAGCCAGAACCACAACCAGAGGAUGAACCGGACUAUGACGAGCCCCCGGCCUUGCCUCCCCGCUCUGACGAUUACCUGGAUGAGCUGGAUGCCCCGCCGUUACCUGCAAGGUCACCAGAUGUGGAUGAGGACGAAGGAGAGUAUGAGGAUCUUGCUGAAGCUCCUCCUCUUCCUCCUCCACACCAGCAGACAGCUGCCGAGAACGACUACGAAGACCUGUCGUACGGCCAGAGGGCAGUCGCAAUUUACGACUAUCAAGGAGAGGCGGAUGACGAGAUCUCCUUCAACCCAGAUGAUGUGAUCACCAACAUAGAGAUGAUCGAUGAGGGCUGGUGGAAGGGACAGUGUAACGGACACAUCGGCCUGUUCCCCGCUGCUUACGUUCAGCUGAUGCAGUGAGCUACAUGCACAGGCAGUUUUGUUUUUUUUUUUAAACACAAGCUUCAUUAAACAAUCUCAGGUUUUAGAUUGUUCAACAGAAGGAAUUUAGCACUGUAUUUAUAUUAUGAAUCAUAGCAAACUUGUGCCAAAAGGGCUUCUGAUCAGCUGAUUUGUCAUUUUACUGUAAUAUCUCGCUAAGGGAAGAGUCUUUUAAGGUAGUAUGAAAACCAAAGGUAUGUUAAUGGUGAGGAGUUAUAUCUUGUAUUUGAAAUAAACUGCUGGGAGUCAAUAAAAUACUGAACAGGUA